UCUGUUCUGUAUUUGAAUUAUUCGAGCGCGGGCAUUGCGCGCGUAAGCACGGUACGCAUGCGCGGAUAAUUUUUUAAUUUUUACUUUUAAUUUCAACGUGCGGCUAGUUUCGAAUAUCGAAUGUUGCGUGUGUGUUUAUAUAAGGAUUGUUAUUGUGGAAAGUGCGAGUUUUUGAUUAAAAAUGCUUAAAUGGGCGGUUUACAAAAAGAACCAAGACGUGAAAAGCGACGCCGAAUCAGAAGAAAAAGAAUACGAUGAACCUUACAAUAAUAAAGCCAGACGUUCUCUCGACGCCCAGUCCAUCAAGAAAAGCAAAAAACCCAGCCGAUACCAGAGGCGAUCGCUAGGACCUUCCGCAGUUAGGAAAAACAUCAAAACUGUCGACAAAGAAAAUCUCAAUUAUAUAGGAAAUACCCCUAACUAUUUCAAAGAAGGCUUUGUCAAGAAAACAGAAAUACUAGCUCUAAAAGACGUCAGCAACAUAACCCCGACCAAUGGAACACCAGUCAAAAAUUUCGAAAGAAGACGUUACUAUGUGAACGGCUCUAAAGAUGACAUCCCACCCAAUUUACCUCCCACUCCUCCUACAUACAGUAGGAGAGUAAGAGAAGCGAAAAAGAGGAAAUUAGAGAUGUCCCAAGAAAACUUCAGAAGAGACAGUAGCGUGUACAAAUCAGAAAGGAGGAUCAGAGCUAUUGACAGAAGCCUACUAAGUUCAGGAUUAUCCCAGAGCUGCUCAGAACCUUCUCUUAACGAACUUUCUGAUAGACUUAGUUUGACAAGUAGUAGGUUUUCCUUCGCAGCCAAUAAACUGCCGAAAAACAGUGGACCUAUCAGUACAACGAAAGCUGCCAGUGAAGGUAUAGUUGAAAUCGUAUACGAUGAAGAUUUAAUCCUCAACUGUGUAGAAAAACCUAUCGAAAAUAAGGUUAUAGAAAAAACAACGCUACCGAUUUUCGGUCAUCACAUAUUCACAGAUAAUCCUCUUUAUUUUAACAAAAACGAUAAUGGCUUUAGUAAUAUUAUACCUUUGAAACGCACGAGAAAGAAAUCAAACGAAUUCGAAAGCUCCUUCAAAUCGCCAUGUGUGGAUAAAAGAGACACGCAUACACUCAUAAGAGAUGCAUGCUCACCUGUCUCAGUUACUCCUUUGUCAAUGAAAUUAGCCGCUUUAAGGUUUAGCGCGUUAAGCACCCAUAGCAAGUCAAAAAGGGUUCCUUUUACAAAUGACGAUACGGAGUAUUUUCCUAAAGUAGAAAAUCCGUUCCCUAUUGCACUAAAAGACGAAGAGAGCGCAACUGAAAUGGAAUAUAAAUUUUUAUUAGGCAAAGAAUCUAUAACAAAUAACACAGAGUCGACUGUAUCUACAACGCAAAUGGGAGACGUGACUCUAGAAAGAAUGAUCGAAGAUAUUAUAAAGAGUACUAAAAUUAUUAAAUCUAAGAGAAGAGUAUUAAAUAAAGAUAUACAAGUAUCUAUCGAAGAAGAGAUUCCACCAUUAGAGUGCGUAAAAGACCUAUUCGUGAAUCCUCAAGCUGAAAACAAGGCUAAUUUAAUAAAAGAGGCAAGAUACGUGAAUCUGUCACGGGAAAACUCAGUGUCACCAAAAAGUACACCCACUAAGAAAAUAAUGCCCAUACAUAGGGUAAACGAGAAACUACUCAAAAACCUUCCUAUUGGGUGCUUCAUUCUUGAUGAUGGUGAUGGUUACAAUGAAAGAGAAGUAUGUACACCAGACAACGCUAUAGAAUCUAAGUCAAGGAUACGGACUAGUGAACAUUUUAGCAGAACGCUAUGCAGGUCACAAUCCAUGAACGCAGCAUCACUAGAUACUGCAAAAUUACAUCGAACAAAUUCUGAAUCAACGCCAGAUAUAUCCAGAGAAAGUUCGAAGCUGAGAUUAAAGAGGCAAAGGUGCAUUCGUAGAAAAAAAUCAACAGUCAGUAACGACAGCCAAUGGAAACCAAAGGAUUCUAGAUCAGUGUUAACACAUUUAGACAUACCUAGUCCAGCGCUAGAUCUUCACAGCGUAUCUACAGAAUCCUUUAGCUUAGACUUUGCACCUAAUAAAUCAAUAAGGUCCAACGUAUCGCAUAGUAGUCUAAAAUCUACAGUUGAGCCUAGAAGAUCACAAGAAAUGUUCGGACUUACGCUUGAAAAUGGAAUACCAAGUCCAAUCACUCCAGUACCUAAUUUAAAACGGCCAAGCAAUGUUUUAAGUGAAGAAAGGGCACAUAAAACUAGUAAACUAGAUGAGCCGCUUGACGCGUUCACUCCAGUCAUAGAACACAAGUCUUCUAGGAGAUGUUUAACGUAUUCUCCUGAAGAGGGCAGUAUAAACAGCAGUGAAGAAAAGAGAAGGAGUGUGGCCAGCAAUCCCAUGGAGAGUAGUAGUCAAAGGUUGAACGCGCCUAAAGGGACAAUUGAUUUGGAAAUUAUUACAAAGGAUGACGUUAUUGACGUCCACGUUAUUCGUUGCCGAGACCUCCGCAGAGCGUGCGGGAGCACUGAACACAUAAAUGCAUAUGCAAAGGUGGUCAUCGGGGGAGCUUCAGAGAGCCAAUCCGUCCCAUCGCAGAGGUCAAUUUUCCAACGAACGUCGGUACUAUAUGGAAAAAGAGAGCCCGAAUUCCAGAGGCACUUAAAACUGCCCCUUCCUUCCUCGGUCUACGACAAUCAGAUGCUUCACGUCUCCGUGUGGCAUAGAGACAAGAAAUAUCGCCGGAGCGAGUUCCUAGGAUGUGUCUCGUUCCCGCUAAAAGAUGCUGCUAAGGCCGACGUGUCCGGGUCCUUCUACCUGCAGCGGCCGGCGCCCGCGCCUCCGUGCGCUAGAGAACUGAGCAAAAUGGCGACCGACAACAUUGAUACCAGCACUGAAGAGAAGGAGAAUUGCAAUGAUAAAGGAGCCCUUAACGGCCCGUCCGGGCAGACGGCGGUGGCGGCCGCCCUCCAGCGCGAGGCAGACGAGCACCUGUUCCUCAGAUACUUGGAGCUGGACCCUCCGGAGGAUGCUGCCGCGCCGAGAAGGGCCCAGAGGAACGGCAGGACUCCCUUCACCACAUCUAGGAAACUGACCCGCGGUACAAACGGCGGCUUCGGCUUCACCGUGGUGUGGACGCGACCGCCGCGCGUCGAGCGCGUUGCCGCCGGCGGCUCAGCAGAACGCGCUGGUCUGCGAGCGGGAGAUUACAUCGUGUUCGUCGGAAAUAAGAACGUUGUCACGUCGAGUGAAGACGAGGUUCGGGGGCUGGUCAAAUCGGCCGGACAGACUCUCCAACUCGAAACCUUCCGAAGAGUUCCCCAGAACGGCGUAGGGGCGCGACCUCGCUUAGCACAAGUGACGAUCCCGUUCCCGGAGUCCACGCCCCCGCCCGCCCCGCGCUCCCCCCGUGUCGCCCCCGCGUCGCCCGCGCCUGUCGCCCGACCACCGACCGCCUGCUCGUCUACCAGUCAGAGUCUAGACCGACGCAAACUACAGCUACCGCAAGUCACGUUCUCGAAAGAGGCCCUCUACCCCCAGGCCCCCACGGCAGACAGCAGGAAACGCGCCCUCCUAGCUGUGGUGGCCCGUGAACAGCAUUAUGCCACAUGUCUUCAAUUCGGCUUGGUUCGCUUCGUGUCACCUUUGGCUGAGAGAGCGGACCUCAUAGCACCAAACGACCAUCAGUUGUUAUUUCAAAAUAUAGAAGAGAUUCUAAGGCUUUCCGAGGACAUCCUAGACCAAGUGGUUCAGGAUGACGGCGAGAUCCAAACGUCGACGGUGGUGGCGGUCUACCUGCAGAAGGCGCCUGUGUUCCUUAGCCUGUACAAAAAGUACUGCCUUGGGUUGAAGCGGGCGGACUGUGUACUUGUAAAAAAAUCAAAAGACCCCAGCGGCGCCUUCUCGCGCUUCUGCACCAGCCCCCCGAUCCCCCGCCGGAGGCCCGACAUCACCUCCCUGGUCCACAAGCCACUGGAGCAGUUCCGAGAGCUGCUGAGGUUGAUGAGGGCGGCUGCCGCGUCGGCGGGAGCGGGGCCGUACGAUCAGCUUGAGAAAAAACAGUUGCAAGUCAUUGUGGACCAGCUGCAGAGUGCCUACCAAGAUGUAACAGCGGGCUCAGGGCUCAUGGGAUUGGCUGGCGAUGGCAAGCCAUUGCUCUCCGUUGCCGAUCUUGAGAGCAGACUCGUCUUCACUAGGUGUAAGCCCUUCAUCUUAAGCACAACCGGCCGGCAAUGGAUCUUUGGUGGCGAGCUAUCCAGGGUGGAAGGGCGCGCCGUCCGUCCGUACUGGGCCUUACUGUUCAGCGACCUUCUACUCUUCGCCACUGUCUCCAGAGACCGGGUUCUUUUCGUCACGGAGGAACCGGUGCUGCUGGCCACUGUGUCUGAUGCUCAGUUCAAUCUUAGGAAAAAAGCGACAGAAUUCAGGCUGAUCCUCGGAAGAACGGGAGGUGAAAGCCCUCUAGUCUCCUGCGCUCCUCGCACGCCCGGCCGAACCAGGACAGUGGUGCUACGGGCUCCUUCGAUAGACCUCAAGGCGGUGUGGCAGAGUCUCCUUCAACGUCAGAUAUACCGAGCAAACACGAUGUCCGGCACUCCCCUCGGUUCACCGCUGGAUUCGCCGGACCCACAACUCACCUUCUCCCUGGCCACGCUGGACUCGCAGCAGCGCCAGACUCGCCGCAGCUCAGCUGAGACGCAAACUGGUGCCGCGAGCGCCACAGAAGGCGCCCGUAGCUCCCGCAGUCGGGGCUCCACGCUGCACCUUCAGAAGUGGAUGACGCAGCUGCCAGAGGCGGAAGAGUUAGACCCACCUGAGCCUGACAUGGAGAUGUGGAGCGUAGAAGAACUGAGGAAGCGGUCAAAAGAGCUGAACCUUCUAGAAGUGGCCGAGGUGAUCACCAUGAACGGAGACAAGAGUUCACCUAGCGAGAAGAAGGAUGCAGACCGCAGCCCCUCCAAGAGCAGUAACUCUGGGAGUCAAAUCACAGUUCGCACAAGUCCAGUGGUCGUAGACACGAUCCCGGUCUGCCGGCAGUGCCACAAGAAGUGCCUCUCGAAGCCCAACAGCCCCCUCAUAUCCCAGAAGGAGCCUCCGAAGCCCAAGGAGGCACCCUCACCGCAGACCUCGUCGAGUAAAAGCCCAACGUGCAGUGCCAACUGCGGUAACAGAAAGCCGAAAACCUUCUCCAUGCAUUUAGAGCGUAAAGGUGCUAUCAAGAUACGUCCAGAAGAUGCUCCUAAAGCAGCCAUGAGAGUCAUAGACUCUAUAGAGCAAAGUCAAAGAAUGCUCAAAUCUACGUCCUAUGACCUAAAAACUGAAUCCCCCCUACUUAGCAGAAGUAUACACUCAACAAAUAAGAGUCAACUAGAGUUAAGAAAAGAUACUUCUAUUAGAUCCCCUAGUCCCUCCUCUGGCUCUAGGAAUAAUAGUCCUUUAUCCACUAGCCAUACUACUUGUAGCUCGAUGGUGUUCAAUUCUAGCUCUAAUGAUUUAAGAAUGUCUAACUCUAACAUUUCUAACCAAGUCCAAUGCGUUAUAGCUCAAGAGAGAUACCUGAACGAAGUAAAAUGCGUUGAAAGCGUAACAUUGUCAAAGACAAAAAACAACAACGCAAACUAUCCAUCCCCAGCAAGCAUAAGAAAAGAACAAAUAACAAGACAAAAGGCUGAAAAUGUGCUUAAUAAAGUAUUAGGUAUGAACAUUUUAACUAAGAGAGAAAACGUUGGAACAUGUCUAAAAACGUCAUCGGUGUUCUUAGAUGAUGAUUCAGUGCAUGAAGAUGAUGAUUUUAAAAUUGAAAGGGGAUUAAGACGGUCUCCUAGGAUGGGUAUAUCAGCGGUUACGAAAAUGAACGGUGAUAUUAAUAAAAAGACUGAAGAUGUUAACGCUAAUACGUGUAAUGAUGCGUCAGAUGAUGAUUUGGAACUAGGUCCUCUCAUGUUGAUGGGGCUGUCGGCGAUCAAUCCAGCGGCGCAUCUCAUGCGAGUUGAGCCUUUCAAGAAGGCGUCUGUGGCUAGCUUAAACGCUAACUCAAGGCCGGAAAGCCUGGGCUCCAUAAAAUGUGAAUCCCCCGUCAACAUUUCGGUGGUGCCGCCGACGCCUGACUACAAUUCUGUUGAUAAGACUGAUACCCUAAUAGACGAAUCUCCCGAAUCGCCGGACGCACCAGAAGACCUGCCGUACGUGUCACUCAAGAGAUACGGCACGAUGUCGAGUCUGGAACGGUUGCCGUCCGACGAGACGGAUGACGGAAACGUCAGAACAGAGCCGGAGCCGACAAAGGCGUAUAACACGGUGUCAGGAGCGGCAGGAGGCAUAAUGGGCUGGACGGCCAGAGCGGGCUCCUUCGUGGUGGAGAAGAUGAACAUCUUCAGCUACACGGAGAGCGUUCCCAGCACAGCGCUUGCUCACAAGCAGCCAUCUUUCUUAGAAAGAUGCUUGGGCGUCAGCGAGUGGAAGACAGCGGUGGAGGACGGCACGGCGGAGACGGGCGACGGCAGCGGGGCGAGCGGGGAGGAGGCGUGGGGGACGCCCUCGUCUGGUGACCUGUCUGAUAAUCUACCGGACUCCGAGCACGGCACGCUCUCUUCACCCACAAAGUCCUCAUCCUCGUACGCUGGUGACGACGACACGGAGCUGAUGAUGGACGAGCUCCUCAUGGCGCCCACCAUCACUGGCCCCACAACGCUGAGGCCGCUCUUACCCAGGGAUAUUUUUAGGAGAAGACUGGAACCCUUGAUGGAGGAAGAGGGCUCGGACAGUGGAAGUGAAGAUAACAAGCAGACACCCACCAAUUCGGAAGACCAGGGCAGCGCGCGUGGGCUCGCUGCUGACGGCUGCUCCGACGCGCGCCGGCCGCCCUCUGCAUUAGAGUCAGAAGCAGGGGGCGGGUGUGGCGCGCGGGCUGGCGGGGGCCGAGGUGCCGGCGGGGCCGAUCUGAGUCCAGAUCGGACGCCCACCAACGAGGCGCCCUUACCGCUCUUACAAUCUGCUUCAAGAGAGUAUGCGGAGCGUGCCGCUGCUGGACGCCGGGGCUCAGCCAGCUCAGCAAGCACGCCCUCCACUCUCGAGCGCACCGCCAUCCACAAUAUACCACACCAAUCUCCAGUAUCGGAGCGUGCGCCGGACCCUCAACCGGAGGAGCGACUCAGCCCCCGCGCAGAGAUGCGGCUCGCUUUGGACCAGGGGACGGAUGUGCUGGCGCAGCAGGAGGCGAGAAAACAGGCUGGCGGGUCAGACCCCUGGUCGUUUCGCGCGGCAUGUCAGCGGUCGCUGCUCCGUCGGGUGGCGAGCGCGGACGCGGUGACGCUCUGCCGCGCUCAAACCCGCCGCACCGCGCCGCAUACUACUUCGCGCAAUUCUGUAUAUGCCUGGAAAGUUCCAGAAAGCGAGAAACUUUCGGAGAUGGAGCAACUGGCGCGAGUGGAAGCUCAGACGAUGCGUUCGCGGACGCGCUCUCUAUGCCAGAACGGGAAGAUAUUGGGUUUCCUCCGCCGCCGAGCCUCCUCCGAUAGUCCCCGUCGGGAGCCCCUGCUGCUCGGUACUCGCCCGUUCUCCCCCCGACGAUCUACAGUGAGCAACCAUGAUGACUAUUAUAAGAUUUGCUUUGUCAACGGCAAUGUGUGAAUGGGACAGGACGAUACGUCAGUGUCGCACGUCCGGCCACAGUUUAUAUUGCUUUUUAAAUCGGCUUGUUCCUUCUCACUCAUGACGGAUUCAGUAGCUGAUCGCGCUGUAUAAUAUAAACAAUGCCUUUGCUCGUAAAGGAAUUGUUAAACAAUAGACUAAGGUAUAAACCAAAAAAUAUAACCUUAGAAAAUUUCAAUUAUACACACAGUGUAAUAACACACAAUCAGUAUCGUGUUCAGAGUGGAAAUUGUCAGUGUCAGAUGACAAUUGUCAAGUUGAUAUAAAAAGAUAAUGUAAAAAUAUUACUGUCAGAUUGGUGAAAUAGGAAGCUGGGUUGGUACUAUUAGAAAAACUUUACUUAGGUUUUGUCAAUUAAUUAUCUUUAUGUGAAAAAUGUACUUAAUGUUCUAUAUAUAUAUACGAGCCCAAAUGCAAAAGAGUUCGACUAUUAACAUUUUUAUAGUGGAUAGAUUUUUAGACUAGAAAUAUCGAGUUCAGUAAAUAAUUAAAGCAAUAAAUAAACACUGUUAAAUAUUAUAAAAAUAAUGUAUUUUUAUUCGUAUAUGGACAACAGUACAUAUUAUGGUUAUUUGCUGUAAAAAACACAUUUAUGUACUUAAGCUGUCGAAGCAAAAUAAUUCGUCUGCUAGUAAAUCGGUGCAAAAAAGUUCGUCUACCACUGGGUAGAGUCGCCUUUCCUCUUGUAGACGGCUUCAAUUCUUUGUGGCAUGGUGUCCACUAACGCGGCACAUUCCGCAGAGGAUAUUGCUGUGGCCCUAGUGAAAAAGGGUACAAGUCUCUGGCAGCGCAGGUGUAAAGGGGUGUAAGUUCCACGUAAUACUUAUGCCCUUAUACACCUAAACUGCCAGAGACUUGUACCUUUUUUCACUAGGGCCACAGAUUGAAUCCCACACUGCGGUUAUCUUGUUCUUUAAAUCUUCCUUCGACUGCGGGAUCCUUACGCAGUUUCUUUUUCAUCUUCCACCACAACGUCUCGAUCGGAGACAAAUCUGGGCUGCUAGGUGGCCAAUUCUCCAGUGUAGGGAUAUUGUGGUUCUUUAACUAAGCCUUCGUGCUCUUGGCAGUGUGACAAGAAGCACCAUCUUGCUGGAAAACAUACUUAUUCUCAUAUUGUAAACUGGGAAUUGAAGGCAAUAAGCUGGUCUUUAAGAUUUCUUGGUACUUAGGAGCAUUCACAGUGCCCUCAAUAAACUGCAGCCUACCCACACCUUGAGCUGACAUACACCCCCAGAUCAUGAGUGAGGCAGGAAACUUGACUUUUCUCUUUAGGCAGUCUUUAUUGCGAACAAUUUUUUUGCGUUCGUCGCCAAGCCACUUCAAACUUCGAUUCAUCGCUCCAUAUUAUGGAUCGCCACUGAUCAACAGUCUAGUUUCGACGAGCUAAAGCGAAUAUUCGCCUCUUCUUUUUCUGAAGUUCAGUAAGUAAAGGUUUUUCUUUCGCCGUAUAGAAUCCGUAUCCCAUUCUUUUCAUGACUCGAUUGCAUGUAUCGACAGACACAUCUUUAUUGAUCAUUUCUCGCCAUCGCACGGUAAGUUCUCCUGCCCGAGCACGUUGAUUUUGCUUAAUGAUCUUUUUUAAAACUCCGUUUUCGGCUGGUGUUGUGAUGCGUGGGCGACCAGUUUUCUUCAAGCUUGAUAUACGUCCAGUUUUCUUAUAAUGCUGGAUAAUAGAAUGUAUAGUAGAUCUUGGUAAAUGAAGGUCUUGAACUAUUUUAUGCACAGAUUUUCCUGAUUUACUGCUUGAAAUUAUAAUUUCUCGAACGUCUUGCGAAAUUGGUUUACCGCGACCCAUAUUGAAAAUGAACACUUGAUAAAUAAUACGAAAUUGAGAAAAAUUGUCUUUUUAUAGCCAAAGUGACAUUUUCAGAAUAUCGAACAAUUCUAUUUUCAAACAGAUUUAUUUUUAAAUUUAUUCUAAAAGUGCUAAUUGCUUACUUGACGAACAAUUUUGCACCGAUUAGUGUGAAACGAACUUUUUUGCUUGUGGUUCGUGAAAAAAGGAAUGACUAAUUCUCUUGCUAUGUAAAAUAUCGGCUCGAUAUCAAUAUAUAAAGAAAAACUACGUUUGUUAACAUUGGCACCAAUGCUAAAAUAUAUUUUGAAAUAUUAACACUGCAGCGGUAAUCAAAGAUUUAAAAAAAAGUCGUCGCUUUGAAAGUGACUAGACGAACUCUUGCAUUUGGGCUCGUGUGUAGACAAAUACCAAUAGAGCGUUAAAUAGCUUUUCGGUGUUGCGUUUGUAUCAUAAAAAAUAAAGAUCCAAGACCUCCUUUCUUAAUAGUAAACCAAUCACAGCUUAAAAAAGAUGGCUGACGUAAUGGACGUGCGAAACUGACGAUAUUUUAACAGCUUUGCGAUUCCCUGCACGCCUCAAGCUUGUGCCUGUAUGGGAGGACAUUACGAGCCAUAUUUGGACUGGAAAACUAAAAAUGACCCUUUUUCUGAAGGAUAUUUAAGCCUUUUUAAUAUUGAAGCAUUUAAAUUGGUUCCUUCUAAUUUAUGGUCAUUCUUCGCUCGGUAUCUACCGUAACUCUCAGAAAACGGAGAAUCGAAUUAGAAACAAAUCAGUUUACCGUUCAUGGUUCUUUUGGAGACUACACACUGGGGCUCGAACACUGAUCAUUUUGUUUCUUGUCAAAUCUAAAAUGAAGAAAAUUGUUGAAAAUAGUGAAUAUUUCAUUUUAAUAUAUUAAUUUCCCUAUUAUUUGACGCAUUAGUAGUUGACACCAUUUGUGAUUUACACGCUAUAUUAGCUGCACCAACGAAAACCUAAUUGACCAUUUUAAAACCCAUAAUAAUAUUUUUGGGUCAAGAUGGUCACUUAAAAGUCAGUGGUUCACGGUGACACGAUGUUUUUGCACUACUAAGAAAAAUUAUGCAUACCAUUCCAUUUACAAUGGAAAAGAGAUGCAACUCCAAAAUAAUAGUUUUCAUGAUGUGUGGUCUCCUGUCCGGGCACUGGCUUAGCUUUGUCCCUUUCUGAGAACUGUCAUAAGCUAGUCGUUUUUAUUGGCGUUAUGCUAUCCUUUUGUUAACUGUACCUAUUAUGAAAUAGACAAUAACCUCAUGUAAUUCAAAUAUCGAGUGCAAAACAAGUAUGUACUUGUCGAUAUUUGGAAUUAAAUAAAAUUUAAUGAAAUUAAAACUAUAAAGUUCGAUUGUUUAUUUGGGGUCACAUUUCCACAUUGCCAGAAUUGUCACUGCCAGUUUAUUGUCAGAUUGAUCGUUACAUUUACUACUAGGUUUUCUUGUCAGAAAGGGAAUAUUUGUGUAACUGGUUGUUUCUUUAUUAGCCUCAAAUGCAUCAAUAUUCAAGUAAGGUUAUUGUCUAUGUUUACUUCACUUACAUCGACUUAAAUGUGUUAUUAGAUUCAAUAAAUGUUCACUAUUCAAAUAUUAUAUUAUAAAAUAAAAAACAUAAUUUUAUUUAUGACCAUUGAAUUAAAUCUUUAAAAUGAAUUUAAAAAUUUCUUGAUUGUGACAUGGGUUGUUGAAAAAUAUGUAUACUGUCCGAAAAAAUAUAGGAGUUUACGUAUCGUAUUUAACGUUAAAGUUUAAAUUUUGGUGCUUGCCACAUCACACCAAAAGAUUAGAUACGAUUUUAAAUAAAAAUAGUUUCUAGGUUAAAUUUAGCCUCUAAAGGUUUCCGGAUUUGACUAGUCAAGUAAAAAUUAAAAUUUAAUUGUAAUUAAUAUAUUAGUCUUCGUUAGCUGUUCUUUAACGCCAUACUGCCUUGAAGUGACGGAGGAUCGAAUGUGAAUCAUUGGUAACCGUGUCGGCCAACUGAGCAAUGUCUUAGAUAAUUUUUAAAUUGUUAAACUAUGGGGUUACUUUCAUUAAAUAAAUUUACUGUAAGUAAAAGUUUGGAAUAAUUGUUGGUUAGAUAAUGGUAUUUGCUAUGACGCUUGGCUACGUCGGUUAUUGAAGAGGUCAAUUAUAUACUGUAUCAAACAUGAAUCAAUAGAGAUUCCAUCCGAAUAAGCCAAAAAAAUGUCAUCUUAAAACAAAUAAGUUGAAUUUAGCUCAGUAAAUAAAUGUCACUAAAACCAAUUUGUCAUCAUAAACCCUAAUAUUAGUAAUUUAAUAGAAACGUUAUACAAACGACAAAUAUUGAAACAGCGCCAUCAAUACUCGACGUAGUCAAACGUUUGUUUAAAUCAAGUCAAUAUUGGCAUUAGAAAUACGAAGUAGACGUAAUUGAAGGCCAUUUUUAAAACUUUAGUCUUAACCCGUUAUCCUACUGGCGUAUAAAGAAUAAUUAAAAGUUAAAACCUCGAAUUUAAGUAUUGGUUAAUUAGUCAAUUGUUAAACUUGACGUUUCGCGACAAACGGAUCAAAUAUUUCAUGUAACAACUAUUUGCUACUUUUAGUCAAAUUAAAUGUUUGAUAUUGCGCUGUGAAAUUGAUAGUCUAUGAAUCCGUGAACGCUCAUGUCAAUUGUUCUUGCUUAGGCUAAAUUUUAAUCCAGCUUCAUUUUGUUGUUAAAUAAAAUCUGUCCAAUUUACUUCAAAGGAUUUAAAAAUAUAUUUAUAUUGAAAU